UCAAGAACAAACAAAAAAGUUGGGAGAUUUCCUCGCGCAAAAUAUUAUCGUCCUCUCCUCUCCAUCGUUUUCUCUCUCUUUGACUCGGUCGACGACGACCAACCCGUUCCUUCCUUCCUUCUCUCUCUAUCUCUAUCUAUCUCUUUCUCUCCUGAAUCGAAGUUGCUUCACCUCAAAGGAAGAAACUUGCUGGCGUUGUUUACAUUCCGAUUGAAAAGGAGAUCUCGCGGCGAGGGUUCGGUUCGGUUAGGAUUCUCCGUUGAAGGGUUUCUAUAUUAGUUUAUCCAAUUCGAUCAGCAAUCUUUUAGUUUAGGAGGUCUCUGAAAACCCUAGUUUAGAUAGCUGUUAAAAUCAGAAAAUCAAUUUAUUCAAUUCAUUCUUUUGUCAACCAAUUCGUUGUUGAUACGUCUCUUCUAGCUUUUUUUAGUUAUAGAGUUUCGGAAGCUCUGAAAGUUAGGGCGACUUGUAUUUUUUUGUUGUUGCCAUCAAAGAGCUUCGUUUCUAUAGAUUAACCCACACAAAAAAAAAAAGGACUUAGCUUUUUAGGGAUUCUGUACAAAAAGGGGGAUUUUAGCUUUUAGAUAAGACUUAUAUAGGAAUGGCGUUGAAUUUUUCUCACAGACAUGUCUCUGAGAAACCAAUGAAGAUAGCUGAUGGGUAUCUUGUUGAGGGAGUUUCUGAGAUGAACGGUGGUGUUUUCUCCCAGUCUUUUGAGAAAGGUGACUCCUUUGAUUACGGAAGGAACACUGGUGGUGUUUUCUCUCAGCCUUGGUGUUCCGGUGACGAGAAAGGUGAUUGCUUUGACUAUGGAAUGAGCACUGGAGGUCCAGCUUCUGGCGACAUUGUUGAUGUUCUGCCAUCUGAUCCGUUUGGGAUGGAUAUGAACAAUACUUUCACUGCCAUUACUGGGUGGCUUGAGGAUUUGGAGUUUGAUUAUAGCCGAUAUGGGAGAGAUGAGAUUGGUGAUGGAGACCACCAGCUCUUUGCUGGGUUGAGUUUUAUUUGGAACAAUGCAAUGCGGUUUCAGGAGUUUCCUGAGAGUCACUGGUUUGAAGAGGGUUUUGAUGGUGAUGGAUCUUGUGCUGGUUCAUUCGUAUCCCCUACUAGUGUGGAUAAGGUAAUGAGUCGUGUUGGAGAAAGCAGUGAUGGAGGCGAGAAUGCAAACGUUCAUCCAGCGCUUGGUUUUUGUCUUUACCACUUGGGAGUGAAGGAUCUUCUUUCAGUCAGUAUGGUUUGCAAGUCUCUGCAUACCACUGUCUGUGAUGACUCGCUACUGUGGAAACACAUCCACAUCUCUCAACCGUUGAAUGAGAAGAUCAAUGAUGAGUCUCUUCUGCGGUUAACCGAGAGGGCUCAUGGCACUAUGCAGUGUCUGAGACUCGUAGAUUGCUCGAAAAUUACAGAGGAUUGUCUUAGGAAGGUGUUGGAACGCAAUCCACAAGUAGUCAAGCUUGGCGUACCUGGAUGCACAAGGAUCAGUAUCGACGGCCUUGUGAGCAUCUUGAGGGACCUGAAGUCUUCGGGGAAGCUUAAAGUGAAACAUUUAGAGACUGGUGGCCUCUAUGGAGUUACUAAAGAUCACUAUGAUGAGCUGCUUGAUUUGUUGGACAUAGGCAACAAUGUGGAACAGACUAUCCAAAAGCCGCGUUAUUACCAUAGAGGAUACACAUUCGCCUCCUGCGACGAUGUUGUCCGGGCGCUGGAUAUUGAGAUGUGUCGGAAAUGUCAGAACUGGAGGAUUGUCUAUGACUGUCCAGCGGAAGAUUGUAAAGGGAAGGAGGAGUGUCGUGCUUGUUCUCUUUGCGUACAGAGGUGUGUUCAGUGCGGUCGGUGCAUCAAUGGCGUAUACGAGGAGACGUUUUGUUUGGAGUUUUUGUGCUCUGGUUGCUCGAAGCUCCUUAAGUUCCCUCUCGUGUGAUGAAUAAGUUUCCCUUUCAUCUUUUGAUGAAGGAAUAAUAAUUAUCAUAAAGAUUUGUUUUGGCUUUAGACAUUUAUAAAAUAAAUAAAUUUAUGAAAGAUGAGCUUUGGAUUAUUCUCUGUA